AUGACACCCACUCGCCGGAUUGUGCGCGUUGCUCAACAGCCCGCAACCAUCGAUCCAAGUUUGGAGCAAGCGGUUGCCACAACUGCCGUUAAUCUUUACAACUUUGACAUCCAACUCGUCAGCCUACGUGCCCAGAAGGCCCGCAAGGAUGCCGCUUACGGACGUUUUCUGCGGUUGCCGCAGCAACUCCCGCAUGUGAAUCCCUAUGCUUGGCCGCCGUCACCGCUGAGUCUUCUGGGUCUCACAGACUACGCCCGGCAGUCAGCUGAAGCAAAGCAGGUAGGCCAACUGUGUCCGCACAACCUGCGUUCUGCAAUCCUGGCUGCGGGCAGACGUGAAAUUCCUGGUUACGAUGCGGAGAAGAAGCGUCUGGUGCAGGUAAUUUGCGGUUUCCACGACUGUUUUGAGUAG